UCCAUUGAGCAACAUCCGUUGGUUUAUGCUCCCUAUUUAUAGUCCUCAUUUCCAGAUUUCCCUCACCUCUGUGCCAUCCAUAUCUUCCUAACCAAAACUUCACACACAAACAAAUAUACACAUAAAUAUGGGCUCUUUUCCUCAUGUAAUAGAAGACUGUUUAGGUAUCCUUCAACUUUAUAGUGAUGGCUCCAUUUUCCGAUCAAGUGACGACCAAAUUGACUUCAAAUUUACUGUCCAAGACGAUGGCUCUGUCGUUUGGAAAGAUUGCCUUUACGACGAAAAAAACAAUCUCUAUCUCCGUCUUUACAAACCUAAAUUAGCAAACAAGCUCAAAAUAGUCUACUUUUUUCAUGGUGGAGGUUUCUGUGUAGGUUCACGUACGUGGCCUAAUUGUCAUAACUGUUGCCUCCGUCUUUCCUCUGACCUACAAGCGCUUGUCAUCGCUCCCGACUAUAGACUGGCGCCCGAGUUUUGUCUGCCCGCUGCCAUGGACGACGCUUUUACGUCCAUGAAGUGGCUGCAGAAUCAGGCGUUGUCAAAAACGCCUGAUUCUUGGAUGAAGGAUAUAAUGAUUGAUCAGGUUUUUGUAAUUGGAGACUCAUCUGGUGGGAACAUGGCGCACCAUUUGUCCCUGAGGCUCUGGGUUGGCUCGCCCGAGCUGGCGCCGGUUAGAGUACGGGGUUAUGUUCUCAUGGCGCCAUUUUUCGGGGGAAGUUUGAGGACUAAGUCUGAAGCUGAGGGACCUGCUGAACCUUUCUUGAAUGUGGAAAUUCUUGACAGGU